AUGCGACCCUUUAUCGACGAUACCAAACGGCGAGUGGACCGGAGGCUCAGCGCAAGCAAGCAGUCCAUCUCUUCCAGCCGCAUCUUUGCCGGUGCUUUCCCGGAACGACUCAAAGACGACCACGAUGCUCAAGUCGACUUCUCUGCGCCCCCUGCCGGCGUCGCAGCUCGCGACGGUCACAUGCAGUACAUGCAGCAAUCCAUAUUCUCCAUGAUCGCCGCUGUGGGCUCUAGAUCGGACUUCCAUGCACGAUUCGACGAAUCAAGCGACAGUGAUGGGGAGAAUGAAGACCGCACUCCAAAGGAGCAUGAAGACGUCACAUCGACUUCUGCGUCGCCCAACAAGGUCGGGCCCGGUAGUCGCCGGUCUCCCAAACCCACAGGCCCACCGCAAGAUAGAGGGCGUCGUCACCAGAGGGUCUUGUCUGAGAACAAGCUUUUGCGAUCAUUCAUGUCAACAGCCAAGCGAGGCAAAGAGCGAGAACCCACCAUACACUCAGAACCACCCACGGACGAUGAGAUGUCUCGGGCCUCGACCCCCAGACGACCACGCAGUGCUACGCCGCGGGCGGCCCCUGUUCUCAGUCGCAUGGUCGAGGCACAAGCCGCAUUGGACGCGAAGGAGUCUUCCGAAAGCUCCUCGGAGCGAACGGAUGAAGAGAGCGACAAAGACCACAAGCAGUCGUCGGGGACCUCCCUCUCCGUGCGACUCAAAGAGAUGUUUGGGUUCGACGUCCCGGAGAAAGUGGUUGUCGAGUAUGCGUGUUCGCUCUUACAGAGUAUGCUGCUUCAGGGAUACAUGUAUGUCACGGAAGGCCACAUCUGCUUCUAUGCCUACUUACCCAAGAAAUCGACCGCGGCUAUCAAAUCCGGGUUUCUCUACAAACGGGGCCGGAAGAACCCUAAAUACAAUCGCUACUGGUUCUCCCUGAAAGGCGAUGUGCUAUCUUACUAUGCGGACCCCUCGAAUCUGUACUUCCCCAGCGGCCACGUCGAUCUCCGCUAUGGGAUCUCUGCAUCCUUAGCAGAACCAAAGGACAAGAGCCGAGAGACGAGGGAUUUCCAGGUCACGACCGACCAGCGAACCUACUACUUCAGAGCAGACAGCUCCGCGAGUGCCAAGGAAUGGGUCAAGGCUCUACAAAAAGUCAUCUUCCGAACUCAUAAUGAAGGCGAUAGUGUGAAGAUUUCCUUCCCGAUUGAGAGCAUUAUAGACAUAGAGGAAAGUCCGAUGGUCGACUUUGCCGAGACUUUCAAAAUCCGUAUUGUCGAGAGCGAGGAAACAUAUGCGAUUGACGAGUACUAUUUCUCCUUUUUCGAUUCCGGCCAAGACGCUUUCAACUAUCUGAAAGGUCUUGUUGACAAUUCCCCGAUGAAACGGUCACAGCAGGCUCUCUCACCACAACCCAACCAUUUGACUCGCUCCCGUCGUUCCCGGGUGGCGCAAAAUAGGUGGUCAAUCACUAGUGGUACAAGUCAACCUCGAGGCGUCGCGAAUGCUAGCAUGCAGCGACGGAGAAGCGCAAGCACCGGUCAGGUUGUAUUUGGCAAUGAUGCGACGAUUAUGUCUCCUUCAACGAGACAGCAGGACUCAUCGACGUCGUUUAGCCAUGCCCUGGAGCAUACCACCGAGUCUUCUGCCCUCUUGCAGUCAAUGACAGACACAACAGAAUCGGCCAGUCAGAUCCUGAACAGAAGCGACGUCUUCCACUCUCCUACAAUCCAAAGUUUACGGAGAGGUCCUUCCGCAGCUAGUCGAACCCCCCGGCGAUACUCUGAUGAAACAACUCGAUCGAUGCAUGCCUACGGCAACGAUACUGCGGGGCCUGCAUUUACCAGAGAAGGGCAAGAAAUCCAGUAUACCCAGAGUGACUUCGACCAGGAAACUCAAGGCUCUUCCCGGGUACAGCCCUCGGCGCACGCUCUGAAUGACAUCGUACGGGCGGGAACAUAUCCUUUGCAGCGCGCUGCCGGGUUUGCGGAGUAUCUCAAAACACGGUCGAAGCAGAUGAGCAACAUCCUUGCAAGUGAAUCCAUGGGCUACAUAGAAAAGGUGUCCGGGAUGUGGGCCGGUGGCCGGAAGCAUUACGGAGAAGCCGAGGGGAUACUUGCCGACGAUCAAGCCGUCGAUCCCGAAGACAAGGAGGGAGGAUGCAAGGAUGGUGACCGGUUUCGAGCGCACUUUGCGCUACCCCCAACCGAAAAGCUCCAAGCGACCUACUUUGCAUAUCUACAUCGCGUGCUGCCACUCUACGGCAAGAUCUAUAUCAGUCAGAAGAAGCUGUGUUUCCGCAGUCUUCUGCCGGGAACUCGCACUAAGAUGAUUCUCCCUUUGAAGGACAUUGAGAAUGUCGAUAAGGAGAAAGGCUUCCGAUUUGGCUACCAUGGCCUCGUGGUCGUGAUUCGGGGCCAUGAGGAGCUGUUUUUCGAGUUCAGUGCCUCCGAUAUCCGGGAUGAUUGCGCCGUGACCCUGCAUCAAGGUCUUGAGACGGUGAGGUUUCUGGCGGAGUCGGGGCUACUCGGGGAAGAAGACGAGAAGGUUGAGUCGGAAGCAGCAAAGGCAGAGCACCGUAUGCUUCAAGAAGCACGGCUGGAUGCGUCUGUGCUGCAAAGCUCCCGCUCCGCGCUCGUGGAGUCCUCUGAACUUCAUCCAAUUUUUGAUGACCCACGCGCCUCUAUCAUCAACUUCAAACCCACCGAGUCCCUAAGAAUCACAUGUCUGACCAUCGGUUCACGUGGUGAUGUGCAGCCAUACAUUGCCUUGUGCAAAGGCCUCCUUGCUGAAGGCCACCGGCCUAGGAUCGCAACUCAUGCAGAGUUCGGGCCCUGGGUGAGAAAACACGGCAUUGAGUUUGCGCCUGUAGAGGGCGACCCCGCGGAAUUGAUGCGGAUCUGCGUUGAAAAUGGAAUGUUCACGUAUUCGUUCCUUAAAGAGGCUUCAACGAAGUUCCGGGGCUGGAUUGACGAUCUGCUGUCUUCUGCCUGGAAGGCCUGCCAGGACAGUGACCUGCUCAUUGAGUCGCCGAGCGCGAUGGCUGGCAUCCAUAUCGCCGAGGCCCUUCGCAUUCCAUACUUCCGUGCCUUUACGAUGCCCUGGACUCGGACACGAGCGUAUCCACACGCGUUUGCCGUUCCGGAGUACAAAAUGGGCGGGGCCUACAACUACAUCACGUAUGUGAUGUUUGACAAUGUCUUUUGGAAGGCGAUCGCAGGGCAGGUGAACCGAUGGAGAAAGAACGAACUAGGUCUCAAGGCGACCGGACUAGACAAGAUGCAACCGAACAAGGUGCCAUUUCUUUACAACUAUUCCCCUACUGUGGUACCUCCACCCUUGGACUAUCCAGACUGGAUCCGCAUCACUGGGUACUGGUUCUUGAAUGAGGGAACAGACUGGACUCCACCGGCAGACUUGAUGGGAUUCAUUCGACGUGCUCGCGACGAUGGGAAGAAGAUAGUAUAUAUUGGGUUCGGCUCAAUCGUUGUCUCGGAUCCAUCGGCUCUCACUCGGACUGUCGUCGAAGCGGUUCAGAAGGCGGAUGUGCGUUGUAUUCUAUCGAAAGGAUGGUCUGAUCGACUGGGCGACCCUUCGAGUGCCAAAGCAGAGAUUCCCCUGCCACCGGAAAUCUUCCAGAUCCAGGCUGCACCUCACGAUUGGCUCUUCUCACAAAUCGAUGCCGCGGCGCAUCACGGCGGGGCGGGAACUACCGGGGCUAGCUUGCGUGCUGGCGUGCCUACCAUCAUCAAGCCAUUCUUUGGCGAUCAAUUCUUCUUCGGCACCCGUGUCGAAGACCUGGGGGUGGGUAUCUGCAUGAAGCGGCUGAACGUGAGCGUGUUUUCGAGAGCCUUGUGGGAGGCCACCCACAGCGAGCGAAUGAUUGUGAAGGCACGCGAACUGGGCAAGCAGAUUCGAAGCGAAGAUGGGGUGGAUACGGCGAUCCAAGCGAUCUACCGGGACCUCGAGUAUGCGAAGGAUCUGGUCCGACAGCGGUCGAUUGUUUCGUCGACGCCAUUCUCGCCGACUCCUGCAGCCAAGACCAUCGCGGAACAAGAGGCCGAUGACGACGUGGCCGACAUUGAAGAAUGGACAUUUGUGGGCGAGGACACCGAUGUCGACAUUGCGAAGCGAAUGCGCGAGUGA